AUGAGCUUUCUGUCUCGAGACCCUGUGACCGGGAAAAUCGAGAUAGAUGCUCUCGUACAGCGACGUCAGUGGCAGGACGCCGAGGACAUUCUAAUACGCAUACUCUCAGAAGCAGCAAAGCCGGCCUCUUCUUCUCCGGUCACGCCUAUAACAAUAACAGCAAAACUUGACGACGGCGCUGAAAUCCAGAGCACAAAGCUGAUGCUAGCCCAUAUCUUCCGGCAGGUUGGACGGCCUCGUGAUGCUGAGAAACUAGACGCAGAGGUUCUAGAGUCUCGACAGCGAUUGCUCGGGCCAGACGCGUUGGAUACUUUGAUUGUCAUGUACCGUCUUGCCACGGACAUCAAGCAACAACCAGGACGGCUCCUCGAAGGCUUGACUCUUGAAAAAUACGUCCUGGAAGCUGUUGUCCGAGUCUACUGGUUCGAUGAUACCGAAGACAGCCGCCGUAGCAAUGCUUCCUCUUCUGCUUCUACUGCGACCAUCACGAGUGCAACAAUCUUGGACCGUUCGUCGGCAAUGGACAUCCUAACACGCAUGUGCCAUUUAGCCGACACAUUCUUCAUACAAAACCAGGCAGCAUUUGCAGCCAAGUUGCACGAAACCGUGUUACGGCUGUGCACGACUUCUCUUGGGCCGGGCCACCCUUACACAAUCGCGGUUAUGGACAGCACUGGCAGGGAUUACGUCUCGCAAGGCCGCUUCCCGGAAGCCGUGCGUCUACUGCAGGAUGCUGUGGAGGCUGGCAGAGUCCAUUUGGGGGCUCAGGAUUCCACCACGCAACGUUGCGUUGUUCAUCUAGCGGAGGCGCAUGGCCGCAUCACCGCAGAAGGCAAUGGCAAAGUUCCAGAUGCAAAAGCUGUUGCUAUCUUGGAACAGGGGGUUCAGAUACUGGAGGAGAGCAUCGACGCCGAGGAAACGGAUACUAUCUCGCUCAAAUACUACUUGGCCGUUGCCUACGCCCGACUAGAUGGCCGGAUUCGAGACUCGGAGGCGUUACAGAGGCAAGUCUUGCAUUGGUGUCGAGACCAGCUGGGGAUUCGCACUGAGACUGCAAAUCUGAUAGUCCGCAACCUGAUCCUGAUGUAUCGUCAGUUGGGUAUAAUGGACAAGGCGAGAGAGAUUGAAAAUGAGUUCGGGCGAAUUCGGCGGUCGAACUCCUGA